UUGUCUAUCUAAUUGGAAGAUGAAUACUGAUUCUAUGGUGUGGUUUGGUCUUUGAGGAGGAAAGUACAUGAUAUUUUGGGGAUUCAUUGGUGGGAAAAAUUCUCUAAAAAGCUAUUGAAUUCUGUAUAAAAUUAGGCAGAGAGUAUGUGGAUGAUAGAAAAAUAAAAAAAAUAUUUGGAAGGGUCUUCCUAGUUAAGCAGGAAUGUGUUUCCUUCAGGAAUCUGUGACGUUCAAGGAUGUAUCUGUGGAGUUCAGCCGAAAGGAGUGGAGACACCUGGAUCCUGCCCAGAGGGCCCUGUAUAGGGAUGUGAUGUUGGAGAACUAUGAGAACCUGGUCUCCAUAGGGAUUUCCGUUUCCAAAACAGAUUUGAUCUUCCUAUUGAAGAGAGAUGUAUGGAAUCUAGAGGGGGAAGUUGGCACAGGCACUUGUCCAGAUUCUGUUAUUGAAAGGACAAGGACUGAAAAGGAUUCGAGUCUGAAACAAAUGAUCUGUUUGGACACAUUAUCUCAUCAAAAAUUGAGAAAAAAAAUGAUUUGGCAUUCCAAGAUGAGAAAAGCUGGAAUCUGUGAUAAUAACUUAGAGAAACAGAAGGGCAACCAAGAGAGGCAAUCUAGACAAGUAACAACAGGUCCUAGAACAAGUUUGAAUAAAGAACUCUUCCUUACUCAUCAGAGAACUCAUUCUGAGGAGAAACAAUUUGAAUGUAAUGAAUGUGGGAAAGCUUUUACCCAAAAGAGUAGUCUUGUUACUCAUCAGAGAAUUCAUACUGGAGAGAAGCCAUUUGAAUGUAAUGAAUGUGGGAAAGCCUUUAGUAGAAAGGGACAUCUUAUUAUUCACCAGAGUACUCACACUGGAGAGAAACCAUUUGAAUGUCAUGAAUGUGGAAAAACCUUUAUCCAAAAGAAUAGUCUUGUUACUCAUCAGAGAAUUCAUACUGGAGAGAAGCCAUUUGAAUGUAAUGAAUGUGGGAAAGCUUUUUACAGGAAAGAUAAUCUUGUUUACCAUCAGGGAACUCACACUGGAGAGAAACCAUUUCAGUGUAAUAAAUGUGGGAAAGCCUUUCGUAGAAAGGGACAUCUUAUUAUUCAUCAGAGAACUCAUACUGGAGAGAAACCAUUUGAAUGUAAUGAAUGUGGAAAGGCCUUUACCCAAAAGAAUAGUCUUGUUACUCAUCAGAGAACUCAUACUGGAGAGAAACCAUUUGAAUGUGAUGAAUGUGGAAAAACAUUCAUUGAAAAGCAAAACCUCAUAAGACACCAGAGAAUUCACACUGGAGAGAAACCAUUUCAAUGUAAUGAAUGUGGGAGGACCUUUAGUUUCAAGGAAAGUUUUAUUAGCCAUCAGAGUACUCAUACUGGAGAGAAACCAUUUGAAUGCAAUGAAUGUGGGAAAGCCUUUAGCCUUAAGAAGAGUCUUAUUAGCCAUCAGAGGACUCAUACUGAAGAGAAACCAUUUGAAUGUAAUGAAUGUGGAAAAACUUUUAGUAUCAGGAAAAACCUUAGAAGACAUCAAAAAACUCACAGUGAAGAGAAACCAUUUCAAUGUAAUGAGUGUGGAAAAGCCUUUACCCAAAAGAAUAGCCUUGUUACUCAUCAGAGAAUUCAUACUAGAGAGAAGCCAUUUGAAUAUGAUGAAUGUGAGGAAGCUUUUAGUCACAAGAAAAGACUUGUCAUCCAUCAAGGAACUCAUACUAAAGAGAAGCCUUUUGAAUGUAAAGUAUGUGGGAAAAAUUUCACUGAAAGGGAAUACCUUAUCAGGCAUCAAAUAACUCACAGUGGAGAGAGACCAUUCAAAUGUAAUGAAUGUGGAAAAACCUUUAUCCAAAAGAGUAGUCUUGUUACUCAUCAGAGAAUUCAUACUGGAGAGAAGCCAUUUGAAUGUUAUGAAUGUGGGAAAGCCUUUAGUAGAAAGGGACAUCUUAUUAUUCACCAGAAUACUCAUACUGGAGAGAAACCAUUUGAAUGUAAUGAAUGUGGGAAAGCCUUUAACAGGAAAGAUUAUCUUGUUUACCAUCAGGGAACUCACACUGGAGAGAAACCAUUUCAGUGUAAUAAAUGUGGGAAAUCCUUUAACAGGAAAGAUUAUCUUGUUUACCAUCAGGGAAUUCAUGGUGGAGAGAAACCAUUUCAGUGUAAUAAAUGUGAGAAAGCCUUUAUUAGAAAGGGACAUCUUAUUAUUCACCAGAGUACUCAUACUGGAGAGAAACCAUUUGAAUGUAAUGACUGUGGAAAAGCCUUUACCCGAAAGAGUAAUCUUGUUACUCAUCAGAGAACUCACACUGGAGAGAAACCAUUUGAAUGUACUGAAUGUGGAAAAGCCUUUCAUCAUAAGAGAAUACUUAUUACCCAUCAGAGAAGUCAUAGUGGAGAGAAACCAUUUGAAUGUAAUGAAUGUGGAAAAGCCUUUACCCAAAAGAGUAGUCUUGUUACUCAUCAGAGAACUCAUACUGGAGAGAAGCCAUUUAAGUGUGAUGAAUGUGGGAAAGCUUUUAGUCGCAAAAGAAAACUUGUCAUCCAUCAAAGAACUCAUACUGGAGAGAAACCAUUUGAAUGUAAUGAAUGUGGAAAAGCCUUUACCCAAAAGAGUAGUCUUGUUACUCAUCAGAGAACUCAUACUGGAGAGAAGCCAUUUAAGUGUGAUGAAUGUGGGAAAGCUUUUAGUCGCAAAAGAAAACUUGUCAUCCAUCAAAGAACUCAUACUGGAGAGAAACCAUUUGAAUGUAAUGAAUGUGGAAAAGCCUUUAUCCAAAAGAGUAGUCUUGUUACUCAUCAGAGAACUCAUUCUAGAGAGAAACCAUUUAAAUGUACUGAAUGUGGAAAAGCCUUUCGUCAUAAGAGAAUACUUAUUACCCAUCAGAGAAGUCAUAGUGGAGAGAAACCAUUUGAAUGCAAUCUGUGUGGGAAAGCCUUUAGUAGAAAUGGACAUCUUAUUAUUCACCAGAAUACUCAUACUGGAGAGAAACCAUUUGAAUGUAAUGAAUGUGGAAACGCCUUUAUCCAAAAGAGUAGUCUUGUUACUCAUCAGAGAACUCAUACUGGAGAGAAGACAUUUAAAUGUGAUGAAUGUGGGGAAGCUUUUAGUCACAAGAGAAAACUUGUCAUCCAUCAAAGAACUCAUACUGGAGAGAAACCGUUUGAAUGUAAAGAAUGUGGAAAAGCCUUUAGUAGAAAGAGACAGCUUCUUAUUUACCAGAGUACUCAUACUGGAGAGAAACCAUUUGAAUGUAAUCAGUGUGGAAAAACCUUUACCCAGACGAAAGCUCUUGUUACUCAUCGGGAUACUCACACUGGAGAGAAACAAUUUAAAUGUAAUGAAUGUGGGAAAGCUUUUAGCUGGAAGGAAAAUCUUAUUACUUAACAGAGAACUCAGGAGAAAAGCCUUUUGAAUGUAAUGAAUGUGGGAAAGCCUUUAGUCAAAAGUGGCACCUUAUCAGGCAUCAAAGAAUUCACACUAGAGAUGAACCAUUUGUAAAGAAUGUGGGGAAAAUUUCAGAGUAAAGGAACACCUUAUUAGGCAUCAAAUAACUCAUAAUGGAGUGAAAUCAUUUGAAUGUACUGAAUGUGGAAAAGCCUUUAGUCAUAAGAGAAUACUUAUUACCCAUCAAAUAGCUCACACUGGAGAGAAACAAUUUAUAUGUAAUGAACAUGCGAAAGGCUUUAGACAGAAGGUGCACCUUGUUUACCAUCAGAGAAUUCACACACUGGAGAGAAACCAUUUCAGUGUAAUAAAAGUGGGAAAGCCUUUAAUAGAAAGAGACAUCUUAUUCACCAGAGUACUCACAAUGGAAAUAAACCUUUUGAAUGUAAUGAAUGUGGGAAAGACUUUAAUUGUAAGGCAAGUCUUACCCAUAACAAAAUUCAUAUUGAAGAGAAAUCUUUUGAAUGUAAAGAAUGUGUGGAAAAUUUCAGCCUAAAGGAAUACUUUAUCAGGCAUCAAAAAACUCACACUAGAGAAAAACCUUUUGAAUAUAAUGAAUGUGGGAAAACCUUUAGUCGAAAAUGGCACCUUAUCAGGCAUCAAAGAAUUCACACUGGAGAGAAACCAUUUGAAUGUAAAGACUGUGGGAAAAUUUUCAGGGUAAAGGAAGUACUUGUCAGGCAUCAAAUAACACACUGGAGAGAAACAAUUUAAAUAUAAUGAAAAGGGAAAGCCUUUAGUAGAAAGGGACAUCCUAUUAUUCACCAGAAUACUCAUACUGGAGAAACCAUUUGAAUGUAACAAAUGUGGAAAAACAUUCAGUGUAAGACAGCAGCAGAGAACUCACACUGGAGAGAAACCAGUGUAACAAAUAUGGAAGUCUUUAGCUGGAAGGCAAGACUUGAUAUCCUUUAAGGAUUCAUACUGGAGAGUAACCAUUUGAAUGUAAUGAAUGUGGGAAAACCUUUAGUUGAAAGGGACAUUGUAUUCACCAAAGUACUCAUACUGGGAAGAAACUAUUUGAAUGCAAUAAAUAUGGAAAACUUUUA